CGUCGCGGUAUGUGAGCAUAACAAGUCACUAUAUGAAAACUAUAUAUACACUAAUGGGUGAUAUACUAUCAAGCGUCAUGGAGAAGCCUGAAAAUACACAGACUACAUUUCUCUCAGACACCAAUCUUUCAUUAACUAAAAUGGUUUAUAAGGAUGAAAAUGUGCUGGUUAUUGAAUCUCAAGCUGUAAAUGGAUGUCGCAUUCUACUUAACCGUAGAGAUUUGAUGAAACUGGCUGAACUAGAAUAUAUUGUUCAUGAAUGUGUUGAAAAACACUUGGCAAUUACAACGGAAAACGUGUAUCAACAAAUCGAAAUGAUUAUAAAAUAUUACAUGGGCUGUUUCUUCCCAACCAAGGAAACAAGCAGAACAGAGUUGUUAAGAUGUAUCAUGGAGGUAUCAUGUAUUACUAUAACUUCAGCAAUAGAGCCGAUGAGUGAACCUAAUUAUAUUAGUGAAAUUAAAAGAUUUGCUGUUGAAGAAUUGGCUGACGUCUGGAUGAAGAAAAUAACUGACCGAAAUGACAUACCUAAGGCAAUCGAUGUAAAUGAUGGUCCAACUCGAUACGAUUGGCGUGGUGAAGAAGAAUCACAAUGCUUCUCCUUUUCAACACAAGCAUACGACAACUAUAAACACACGGAGAAGUCAACAUGGGCACCUCGAAAACUUGAAUUUUAA